CCCGGCCUGGCCCGUCCCGUCCCGUCCCGUCCCGCUCCGGCCGAGCUCCAGCCCCGCGGAGCAGCGCGCAGCAGGUAAGGGGAGGCCCGACGGCUCCCAGCCCUGUCCGUGCGCGACGCUGUGGCGUGAGUGGGGCCGUGGGGAGGGUGGGAGGGCUGACACGGAGUCCUUCGGGUCCCCUCGGGUGUCCCCCAGCUCGGGCGGGGUCUCUCAGCUCUCCCAAACCACUUCCGGCCCCGUCUCCGUCCGCCCGCCCCGCCGAUGCCCCCCAGCCCAACCCCACUCUGUUAACCUCCCUCCGGAUCCUUCCCGGACCCCCUCCGUCCCCCUUCUCUGCUUGUUUCCCCGCCCUCACUCUUUGCCUUCCAAAUCCCCCAACGUCACCCCGGCUGCCCCCCCCCUCCCCCGCCCUUGGAACCCCCCCAGCACUCCCUCUAUGCCCCCUCUGCCUUCUCCGGUGCUAUUUGCGACGACACAGCCCCCUAGGAGGGGGGUGGGCGUCCCAGGAGCUGGGGUGGACCCGUGUCGGGGCUGGAGGUGCUGUCCCCGAGCUGCGGGGACUCGCCGUGUUCCCAUGGGAUUGAUCGCCGCGACGUUGGUUGCUGCCUUCCUCUGAGCUUCCCGGAGCGGGUGGGAAUCUGCUUGGAUGAUGGGGGUUGGGCUGGGGGGAGCAUCCCUGUGUUCCCCCAUCCUCGUCCCCAGCGCUCUGUUCAGGGGUGCCCGUGUCCCACCUCAGCCACGGUGUCCCCACCGCUGGGUGGGAAGGGGCUGCCGGCGCGUUGCGAGGCAACCUGUGGCUUCAGCUGAACGAGGGCAAAGUCCCACCUUGCUUGGCGCAGGGACAGCAGUGGGAUGGGGUUCCUGGAACGGUUGUGGGAGGGGUGUCCCACGAGGAAGCCCAGCGCUGGACAAGGAUGUGUCAGUGUGGUAUGGGGUGGGCACCGUAGGGCGUGAGGCCAGCUCUGUGCGUAGGGACACCUGGGUUGCAGCAGCUUGGGGACGGGAGGUGACGCGCGCUUGGCGCCCCUGGGAUGGGGCGAAGAGGGCUGCAGGGCUGAGACCCUGCAAACUCGUGUCACGGGUGAGCCGAGCUGGGCAGCGAGCCUGGAGGCAUAGGGGCAUCCGUGCCGUGUGCCGUGCUUGGUACAAGCUGUGCCGUGCUGUACCAGGCUCUGCCAAACUGGUGCAAUUUUCCAUGCUCUUCUAGGAAGGCAGAGCCCUUCCAGGGCUGCUCCACCCUGGGGAAGCCCCAGGGAAAGUGGGGAGGGUCGGUACCCUGCCCUGCUAGGUGCUGCGUAGAGCACCCCAUGUCCCCACUGUGUUGAGGUUGUCCGUUCCCCCCCCCCCCCCCCCCCGCCUCUGCCUGCUGUUUAUCAGUGCUGAGUCACGGUACCAGGCAGAGCUGUGGGGAUCGGGUGGUGACCACGGGGUCACUGAGCUGGCUGGGGUGGCCCCGUGGCCUGGCUGGUGACCAUAGAUUUUGGUGCCCUGUUCUGAAAGAGGAAAUGGGUCACGCACUGGGGUUCUGUGCCCAGAGAUGGGCUCUGCCAUAAGUGCCACGGGGAGGUGACCCCAUGGAGGUGACCCUUGAGGUGCAUACAUCCCAUAGUGUGGGGCUCUGGGUGGGGGGGAUGGUGGGGUUGAGCGCUGCUGGGUGCGGCUGGGACCCGUCGGGCUGGUUCCUUGUCUCUGCUGAGGUUGUGCCUGGGCAUUGCUCCCGUUGGAGGCAUUCACACGGGCUCGGUCUCAUGGCCACGCUGAAGCCUGGGUGGGGGCUAUGGGGUGCGGGGUGGGUGAGCAGGGGGUGCCAGCGGGCGCUGAGUGCUUUGGGAGAAACUGCGGAGUGUUGAAAGCGAAACUUUGGAGACCACGUGGAUGGAUUGUCCCCGUUGCGCCUCGGUGUCUGCCUGUCCGUCCGUCUGUCCUUUUUGGGCACCAGCAUCACCAUGAUGGGAAACAUGACGGCACGGCUGUGGGGUGGGCAACUGCCCCCGCUGGGAUGGGUGGACAAAUGGACGUGGAGCGCUCCCCUCGCGUGCCCCCCCCCCCCCCAUCCCAUCCCGUCCCACCCAGCAUAGCAGUGGCACAAUGCUGCAGGAAGCUCUCCGUCCAACCCACUUCCCUUGGGGCGAAGUCCUGCUCACGUCACUGCUGGUGCCGUGGGGGGGCACGGGAUGAGGGUGGGGGGUUCCCUGCCAGCGCCGGGGGUGUGGGGCAGGAGCCUGGCAACAGCUCCUGGCAGCGCCAUUGUUUUCCUGGCCUUGGCGCUCCUGCCUUUCUCCUCCUCCUCCGCCUCCUGCUCUGGAGGAGUCGGCCCGGCGCUGGCCCUGCUCCCAGCACGGCUGCUGGCGGCCGUUGGGGGAUCUGCAAGGGGAGCUCAGCGUGGGGUCCCGGUGCCCCCACCUCUGCAGCUGUGCCCGUCCCAGGUCCCGGCACUGCGGUGGUGCCCAGCGGGACAGCUCGCAGCUGGCAUGGCGCAGCCCAGCGCACCCCCCCCGUACGACGACAAGAACCCCCUGUACCCCCCCAGUGCCUACCCCCAGCCCUCCCACUAUGGUGGAGGGUACCCACAGCCGGGGGGAUACCCGGCACCUGCGGGGUAUGUGGCGCCAGGGGGGUAUGGGACACCAGGAGGGUACCCGCAGCCGGGGAUGGCCAUGCCCACCAUGCCCGUGCGUUUUGGUGACACCUACGGAGGUGAUGGCAUGGGACAUAGCUCCCCCAUCCAGUCGGCCGACUGGGAUGACAGGAAAGUACGGCACAGCUUUAUCCGCAAGGUCUACGCCAUCAUCUCGGUGCAGCUGCUGGUGACGGUGGGGAUCAUCGCGAUGUUCACCUUUGUCUCACCUGUGCGCUCCUUUGUCCAGAGGAAUAUUGCUGUCUACUACUCCUCAUACGCUGUCUUCCUGGUGACCUACUUGGUGCUGGUCUGCUGCCAGGGCCCCCGGAGACGCUUCCCGUGGAACCUCAUCCUGCUGAGCAUCUUUACCUUGGCCAUGAGCUUCAUGACGGGGACCAUUGCCAGCAUGUACCAGACUAAAGCUGUCCUCAUCGCCAUGCUCAUCACUGCCAUCGUGGCCAUCAUCGUCACCAUCUUCUGCUUCCAGACCAAGGUUGAUUUUACAUCAUGUACGGGGCUCUUCUGCGUGCUGGGCAUCGUGGUCAUGGUGACAGGGAUCGUCACAGUCAUUGUCCUCUCCUUCAAAUAUGUCCCUUGGCUCCACAUGCUGUAUGCAGCCAUCGGGGCUAUCGCCUUCACCCUGUUCCUGGCCUACGACACACAGUUGGUGCUGGGCAACAGGAAGAACACGCUGAGCCCUGAGGAGUACAUCUAUGGAGCUCUCACCAUCUACACUGACAUUGUCUACAUCUUCACUUUCCUCCUGCAGAUAGUGGGCCGAGACUGAGCCCCUGCCUUGGGAUCCCUUACCCCCUCCUCAGAACGCUUCUUGCUCUCUCCUCCCAUUGGCCAAGCUGCUCCUCUCCCAGCCCCCCCAGCCACCAGCCAGGCUCCUGGUGUCCCCAGUUGGGGUACUGUUGGCUGUGGGGCCUGCAGCCCCUCUGCCACCCCGCCGUCCCCAUGAGGCCACCCACUGCCCCAGGGCUCCAAGGGGCUGGGACCAGGUGUGACGCUGGGGCUGCCCUUGUGGGGGGGAUGGGCAGAGGUGCUCCCAGCAUGGGGGGUGCUCUCCUCGCUUGUAAAUAGACCUUGAAGCUGGUGCCUGUGUACAGUUCUGCCUGGUGUCCUUGGCGCUUCAGCACCCGUCGACUGUGGCCUGCCAGGGGGGAAGGGUUCCCUGCGUCCCACACUUGGGCCCUGGGGCUCUCUGACCCAGGGGGAUCGCCGGCAGCCAGCGGGACAGUGCUGGGCUCUGCCUGGGGCCCAGGUUCCGUUCAGUGCCUUAAACACAGCCUUGGCCUUGCCCUGGGUACAGCUGGGCUUGGCAGGCCUCAGACCCUAUCGGUCCCGCUGCAGGCCUGGCCUUGGGCCACGCUCAAUUGUUACACACGCUCAAUAAAACACUUUAAUUUUC